AUGACUGCAACAAUGGCUCUCCCAAUUCAAAUGAAAAUGAAGGGAAAGGCACUUGUAUAUGAUAUUCUUAAGGAUAUUAUUUCAGCAUCUCAAGCUGAAAAGAAUGUUUUAGACAUAUACUCUUCGAAAUUCAGCCAUUCCUCAAUUAUGGAUUUUCAUUUAGGAUCAGAGUUCUCAAUUUCAUUAGACCAGAAUUUGCAGGAUCGAGUUCUACAUGAAAUCUUUGACGAGAUAGACGAUUAUAUUACAGAUGAAAUUCAUAAUUAUCUUACGGACUUCUUUAAUACUGACCGUAGGCAUCAAGGAUGGUGUGAAGUAGCUCGAAGUGAUUGUAAGUUGAAAACUAUAGUUGUCACUAAACCUGUUGAGAAAUAUUACAACCUUAGAGAGACUAAUUUUGGCGAAAUUCCUCUGAAAGGAAAAAUAAAAAGCAAUGCGGACGGUAUUGGAUUUCUCAAUGAUGUUUCAGAUUAUCAAAUUGCUUGCAUGGAGGAGGCAAAGCCUGGAGCGAGAAAAAAAAAGAUUAUUGACAAUGACACAAAGAAUAUAAGAAAUAUGACGCAGUUAUUCAAUAAUAUAAUUGUAUCGGAGGCAACUGAACGAUGA